AUGAAGUCAUUCUUUGGCUUCCUUUUCAUCCUCAUCUUCCUCCAGUCGAUGAUCCCAAAGAGUGCUCAAUUUUCCUUUGACUCCAUUGUGGAUGAAAAGAUAAAGGACGCUCUUGAAGAUUUCAAAUAUCCCAAAGUAAAGCUGUCAUGUACCAGUGUCAGCAGCCGAGGCAGACUGUCCUCUUGUCCUGAAGGAACCAUUGUGACUAGCUGUGCUUGUGGCUUUGGCUGUGGUUCCUGGAAUAUUGAGGGAGAAGACACAUGCCACUGCCAAUGUCCCAGGAUGGAUUGGUCCACUGCCCGCUGCUGUCGUCUGAACUGA